AUGCCAUCUGGACCUCCGUUCCUCCCUUUUGCCAUACCUCGCUGGAAUCUGAAGGGUGUUUAUGUUCAUCACGCCUUUAUGAUUGAUUCUCGUGGUAGAAGAUCCUUUGCAAAAUGGCACCCACCGCGGAUUUUUCUCAACUGUCGUCUCUGUCACUCUGCAGUAGAUAGUCUUCAACACUUUGUAUUCUUCUGCCCUGGCAAGCUUCGGGUGUGGAACACGGUAAUCGGGCAAUUGUGCCCGUCCAGGUCUGUUUCUGAGGCCGUUGGUCUCCUCAUUCACACCAAUCUCUUCAGAUUAUGGCCGCCUCCACCACAGCUCAUGCCAUUUGUUGUGCUCAUUAGGCUACUGCCUUUGACAGUAUCCUUUUCUUUCCUGACAAUGUUGCGACCAAUGCCGUACAAACCACUCGAUUAG